AUGCCAUUAUUGUCAAUGCCGCCAUCAUCACCGCAUAGUUCUGAGGGCUCUCUUCAUGCCAGCACAAAUGAUACACCUGAAGUACCUGAUAAAUGUACAAACAUACAAGAUAUAGGGCGAAAACAAGAGAUGCAGAUGUAUGUGAUGGCACUCGACAGAAUUGAGACCGAUGAUGACGAGCAGGAUAAUCUAUUCACCAUGUACAGCAUCGACUCCGUGUAUUCAAGCUAUCUUGCAGCACGGAAUCGCGUCCACCAGUACACCAAACUCUUGAUGCUCUUGAAGCGCAAGGAAGAUGCAUGGGCACAAAGAGCUGUGAAGGCAAGCUAUCUAAUGCCGGAGUACAAGCCUGCAGGAUGGAUAGCCUAG